UUGACGUGCGAUGCGGAUUGUUUGUUUACAUUUUAUUUGCUCAACAAGUGAAAUCGGUUUCUGAAUACAAUUAGCUACGCACAACAUUUUCUUUGUUUCUCAAAUUGAUGUACAUCGUGGACCAUAACUAGGACUUUUCUGAAAAUUCGAUAAUUCACCUGGUAGAUCCAGGUCACAUGAAGAUAUAACCGGAAAUGGGUAAAUAUGCACUGCGUAGCAAAAAACGUCAAACAGGCAAUGAGGACGAAGAAAGCCGUCAUCCCAAGAAAUCAAAGGUUAACCGACCAACGGAACCAUCCACCAAAAUUCAAGAUUUGAAUGAUGACUGCAUUGACCAUAUAUUUGGCUAUUUACGCUACAACGAUGUAUUGUCAGUGUCGCAAGUGUGCCAGCGAUUUGAGAGUCGGGCACGAGAUGUAUUCAGACGUAAACGGCACAAUGUCCAAGUAUUCACCGUGAAGGCAAACGAAUCGAAAUAUUUGCUGCGUCGUAUCGGUCCCGCAUUAUCGAAAUUGGAAAUAUUUUUCGGCGAGGAUGUGGUCAGAAAUGCCCAGACCAUCGACAUUGCGACAAAAUGUUGUGUGGAUAGUUUGACGGAAAUGACGCUGCAUUGCCUUAGUAAGCGGAAUAAACUGCGCAAGCCGUUUAACUGUGUCAGCAAGCUGACACUCAGUUUCUGUGAUAUGAUCGGGCACUUCAAAUUAAUCAAAUGGUUCCCCAAUCUCACGUGUCUGACAUAUCACUACACAAAGAAUUUGCGAAAAUUUAUGAACCAAAACAUCCCAACGAUGGACACGCUGAAUAUAAACUACGUUACGACGCACAAGGAAACGAUAACCAUGUUAACGUCGAAUCCUCAAAUCCGAAAUUUGUCACUGACCUUCGUCUCGGAAGGUGGCUUAGGAAUACAGCACAGUUUACUAGCGGCCAUCGACAAGGCUCUGCCACACCUUGAAACACUGAAUUUGGUCAUCGAUCGUGUACGGAAUUUCCAGACUGAAAAUUUACCGCCGUACUUUCAACAGUUGAAAACAUUGAAAAUCGAAAACUACUCAGACCAUUCAAACACCAGCUUGGUCAACAAUCUGUCGAUAACGCCCACAAAUUUGGAACAAUUACAGUUACGGCUUAGCGAUACAGCGAUCGAUUCGCAUUCAUACCAUUGCAUCACAAAGUUCAAAAAUCUGCGUUUGCUACAAAUGAUGCCCGCCCAACGUUCGUUGAGCAUGGCCGACACACUGAUGUUAACUAAUCAACUUCCUUUACUGGCAAAGAUCGAACAAACUGUCGAUUUUGCCGUAAUUACACCAUGGACAAGUGAUGAAGUGGCCGACUUUCUUCGCAGUAGCAACCAAUUGACGGAACUGGCUUUCGUUUUUGUCUAUGAGGCGCAGGCAAAAUUUAAUCGAACCCUGUAUUUCAUCCAAAUGAAAUUCAGCGGAAGCAAUUGGAUGGUGAAGAGCGAAGAGAGACAUGCACCGAAAAUAUUCGAUUCGUACGGCGUAAGUAGUGUCAUACAAAAGCAAUUCGUUAUCACUGUCGUUAAAAAAUUGUGAAAAAUCCAAAUUCAUUUAGUUCUUUGGACCAUCAGGUAUUUGUAGGCAUUAAAGAACCAUCAGGUAUUUACCACACGAGUGUACAUAAGCAUAGUUCUGCUCCUAGCAUUAGCAUUGAAAAUAUUGGUAUACAGUAGGCACUUUAUUAACUUUAUUUAACUUAUCAAUCGUGCAUGCUAGAAGAAAUGCUGUGGCAUGACAUAAGGUUUAAACAGGAAAUAAAUUGUUA